AUGACUAGAAACAAAGUUAAGCUUACUUACAUUCUCAAUAAAACUGUGAGGAAAACCACAUUCAAGAAGAGAAGAGUCGGUAUUGUGAAGAAACUAGAUGAACUGACCACUCUAUGUGGCAUUGAAGCGUGUGCCGUCAUUUAUAGUGCCUUUGAUCCUCAACCUUUUGUGUGGCCAUCAAUGGAUGAAGUACGAAGACUUGUCACUAAGCAUCAGAGUCUUCCAAAGGUUGAUCAAGGAAAAAGAAAGGUCAACCAAGAGACCUUCACGAUGCAGAGGCUCGAAAAGAUGCAAGAGAAACUGAGAAGACAAAAAAGAGAAAACCGUCAUAACAAGACGACACAAAUCAUGUAUCAAUCAAUGAUGGAUCCACACACAGCGAUGUCAAGACUGAAUAUGGAAGAUUUCAAGGAGCUGGCUAGAGUUAUCAGCCAGAACCUGAUGGAGGUUGAGAGGAGGAUGGAGGUUCGUCUGAGGGACUCCUCCUCUUUCAACCCUCCUCCUCCUCAAUUUGGCGCAGGUGGCAAUGGAGGUGGUGGUAGCAAGCAAAUUGUUGUAAGCCAAGGUGAGUUCAUGCCUCCAAAUAAUGAAGGGUUUGGCUCUUCCAUGGGGUCUAACAUGACAUAUCCACCUCCUAUGAUGGAGUUUCCACCUCCCAACAUGGGAUUUGAACCUGCCAACAUGGGAUUCCAACCAGCCAGCAUGGGAUUUCAGCAUCUGCCCAUUGAUUUCCCGCAAAAUGGCAUGUCAUACAUGGAUUCCAACAUGGGAAUGCCAUACCCGAGCAACCCGUCCCCAUUUCCUUACUACCAUAACAACAACAUCGGCCCACAUGACCCCUCUUCACAUUAA